GUACGGGGCUUCCAGAUCCCCGCGGCUCGCGCGUACCAAAGUCACGCGUAAACGCGCAACUGCAAUGUGAACAUCGGAGAUCCUCUGCCCACUUGUGCGUGACAAAGGACCCUUGCGUAUCCAGAGCUAUCCAAGAUCCAGAUCUGCCACCAGUUGCAUAAUGUCGUCACCAGCUUGGGUCCAAAACACGCGGGGCCGGGUUGCUCAUAGAUUGGCGUCGCAUUGCGGCGGUUGUGGUGUUACAGCUAUUGAGUACAUUACAGAAGCGAAUCGGGGAGCGGCGGAGGUCAACCGGACGAGUGUCUAUACCAGGUAUCUCCUUGCAAUCAAACGUGCUUGUCGUGAACCCUCAUUGUUCCAUCUAGACAGCGUCAUUUUCCAACAACCCAUCAUGCCACGUAACACGACUAACAGCCACUGCAGGCAACAGAUUCCUCCGGUUGGACAGAACCUCGUCCAGACUCCAAACAUGUGGAACGAAACAGGUCCCCUGCCAUGCGAGUCCGAUCAUGUUGCUUUUUUUCAAUCACACGUCCAUCUGCGUCCAGAUGCAAGCGGCAAGGCUAAAGCAAACAUGGCUCCAAGUGGAUGGCCAGGUAAAGCGUGGCGCUAAGCGAAGUGCCAGAUCCGAAGGGGUGGUAUCAAGUGUUGGCGAUUGGCUGACCUCCAGAUUCCCGCAACCCACAUGCUGUACCAACGCCAUCCCAGAUAACCGAGAU